GAAAACAACGCUGGCCCUUUAAGGCGGGGUGAUCGCUCAGCUGGCGACCGUUCCGCGGUAUUAUCGAGCUCCAAGACUACCAACACACAUGAGAUAGAUGGAAUUAUAACAAUGGAAUAUCACUGCGUUCUGUUUACCGUUUUGUUGCAGUUAAUCGUCCAACCAGGCAGGUCCAGGCCCACUAUCACCCCAGACGGACCCUGGCUCACAGUACCACAGAACAGCGACUUCAGCUUGCGCUGUCAGAGCAACAGUUCAGUGCACUGGCUGCGAGAAGACCGUCCCAUGCGAACCCUAAAGGAGGAACAAAGGCAGGGUCAACUAACAGUUCUUAAAGUGAGCAAAGCAGGCCCUCAACACAUGGGCAAAUAUUCAUGCCGUGAGGAGUCUGGUGAAAAGAGCUCCAUCUAUGUGUAUGUAAAAGCAUUCCUCUCAGCAGAUCCUGAAAAUCCCUUCAGGAGGAGCAUCGUGUUUGACAUUGUUGCGGGAGAAGGAGACACGGCCAUGAUCCCAUGCUUGGCUACAGACCCAAGUAUGACAGAGUUGCACCUGCAGAAAUGCGACGGACAGCCGCUCCCCAACAGCCUGCGAUAUUCAUCCAGUAUUGAGACGGGCAUGAUGUUGGAUGAUGUUAGGAAGGACUUUGAGGGAUGUUACGUCUGUGUCGGGACUCUAGAAGGCACCACGGUUAAAUCCGGACAAUAUCAACUCAAUGUCCGCCUCGUUCCAGACGCGCCUCCUCUGAUCACACUGGGUCAGCCUCAAAGAGUGCUGCUCACCCGGGGGGAAAAACUCUCCCUAUCCUGCUCCACCUCAAAUGUCAACAGCGACAUCAAAAUCAAUUGGAAGGCUCCACGUGGAGUGCAACCGUCAGUUCAGCUGACCUCACGUCUCCUGACUGAGCCUAUUUCUCACGUGAGGACCGCCAUCCUCAGCCUGGGGUCUGUGACAGUGCAGGAUGCAGGGAGUUACAACUGUGAGGCCAUGAAUGAAAGAGGGACCAGUACAGAGCGGGUCUGGGUCGACAUCUAUGAUAAAGGCUUUAUUAACAUAACAAGUGUGAAUAACAGCACUAAGAGAGUGCGCGCUGGAGAAAGUCUGUCCCUGCAUGUGGUAAUGGACGCUUACCCAAAGCCUCGUACGUUUUCCUGGAGCUACGGUGUUGUAAAACUAACCAAUACUACUGAUCAUGUCAUUACCAGCCGGUCACAUGGGAAUAGUUACACGAGCGAGCUGAAACUAGUGCGUCUCAAGGUGUCAGAAAGUGGCGUUUACACCUUUUCAUGCUCAAACCGAGACACAACUGUCCAUCAAACGUUCGAAGUCCAUGUCAUAAGUAAACCACAGAUUGUGUCCUAUGAGGGGCCGACUGAUGGACAGGUGCGCUGUGUGGCAGAGGGUUACCCUACUCCUCAGAUCAAGUGGUAUUACUGUGACCAACCCCAUUCAAGGUGCUCUAAUUUGCUGAAUGCCACUCAGGAAGAGGAGGAUGUUGUCACUGUAACCAUGACAAAUCCUCCCUUUGGGAAAGGCGCAGUGGAGAGCCGUCUGAACAUAACCAAGAACAAUUACGCCACCCUUGAAUGUGUGGCAUCUGCCAAUGGGGAAAUCGUGUACACUCUUUUCUCUAUCAGCGAGAACACUGUUCCUCAUGAACUCUUCACACCGUUGCUCAUUGGUUUUGUUGCUGCGGCUGUUAUUCUUGUUCUCAUCCUGAUCGUGCUGUCCUACAAAUACAUGCAGAAACCUAAAUACCAAAUACAGUGGAAGGUCAUAGAGGGUAUUCAUGGAAAUAGCUAUGUGUACAUUGACCCCACCCAGCUUCCAUACGACCACCAGUGGGAGUUUCCCAGAGAUAAGCUGCGUUUUGGAAAAACUCUAGGAUCUGGAGCAUUUGGAAAGGUGGUGGAGGCCACUGCUUAUGGAAUGUCCAAAGCAGACACUGUGAUGACCGUAGCUGUGAAGAUGCUCAAACCUAGUGCUCAUGCCACUGAGAAAGAAGCUCUGAUGUCUGAGCUGAAGGUGCUUAGUUAUCUUGGCAACCAUAUUAACAUUGUCAACCUGCUAGGUGCCUGCACUAUUGGAGGUCCAACACUAGUUAUAACGGAGUACUGCUGUUUUGGUGACCUGUUGAACUUCCUGCGCAGAAGGAGAGAAUCCUUCUACUUCUCUACGCUAGGAGAAGACUCUUACUAUAGAAACAUCAUGCUGCAGCCAGAACCAAAUGAGAGCAGGAAUGGGUACAUGACCAUGAAGCCCUCUGUAUUGGGAAUUCUGUCCUCAGAAAACAGAAGAUCACUUAAUAAAGGUGAUUCAUACAGCGAUUCAGAUGCCGUCAGUGAGAUUCUGCAGGAAGAUGGCUUGACUCUGGACACUGAGGAUCUUCUCAGCUUCUCCUACCAAGUAGCCAAAGGGAUGGAUUUUCUGGCAUCCAAGAACUGUAUUCACAGAGACCUAGCAGCCAGAAACAUUCUCCUCACCCAAGGUCGAGUGGCCAAGAUCUGUGACUUUGGACUAGCCCGAGACAUCACUACUGACUCAAACUAUGUUGUUAAGGGCAAUGCCCGUCUUCCAGUGAAGUGGAUGUCCCCCGAGAGCAUCUUUGAGUGUGUGUACACCUUUGAGAGUGAUGUCUGGUCUUAUGGCAUCCUGCUGUGGGAGAUUUUCUCCCUCGGGAGUAGUCCUUACCCGGGAAUGCCUGUGGACUCUAAAUUCUAUAAGAUGAUCAAGGAAGGAUACCGAAUGGAGUCACCAGAGUUUGCCCCAGGUGAAAUGUACGAGAUCAUGCACUCGUGCUGGGAUGCCGACCCCUUUAAGAGACCCUCAUUUAGCAAGAUAGUGGAGAAAAUCGAACAGCAAAUCUCAGACAGCACCAAACAUAUUUACUUAAACUUCAGCUCCAGGUUGCCUGUUGCACCGGGGCCUCAUGAGGAAUCCAGUUCUCAUGUCCAGCGGCUAAACUCAGUGGGCAGUCACAGUGCCGCCACUCAGCCCCUGUUGUCCAACAAUGAUGUCUUCUUGGAAGGGAUAGGUCCACGUCACCCUCCAGUGUGAAGAUCUGAUUCCCAGCAAAAACCAUUCAUCUACUGAGACCCUUCGCCUUAGCUCCACUGUAGCUGUCUGACAUGCAUGAGGACUUUGGUGGAAAACACUGAUCAAAAAUCUCUUUUAGGAUUGAAGAGCAGUCGUAUUCUUUCCAUUCACCUUUCUCGCAGAUUGUGUAUAUAAGCCCCCCUGCCAGAAAGGACAGUGAUGGUGUGCUUUCCUAUUAACAUUUCAUGUAUUCUUUGGAACUGUGGGACAUCAAACUUUUGAGAAAGCUAAUAAUCAAUGCUGGUAUCAUCCCAUGGUACUAUAUCUUCAAUGUGAGUCUGCAAGAGGACUGAACCUUUUUUUGUAGAAUCCCUUUGCUUUAUUAUAUGGGAUAUAUAAACACAGCAAUGCUUCUUUUGCUAAUAGUCAAGUCUUUACAAGUGACAGGAGUCAAACAGGCUGUUUCAAGUCGGAGACUAGAUGAAAUCAUGAGGAUCACAAAGACUUUCCCAAAACAUCUCUGACAUCUUGACAUACAAUUUGAUGACCUUUUAGCCGAAAAUGCAUUAUGCCGCACCUUUAUGAUACUGUAAAACUUAUGUGUUGAAUAUGACUCAGUCAUAUGUCAGACUGUCAGUAGUAACAGAGUCACUCCUCUCAUAAAUUCAAAUAUCAAACAAAUAAAAGGCAACAUUAUUUGGAAAUGAAAUGUAUAAGCAGCAAUAACUCAGUAAAAAACUGUAAAAGCAUUUUGACAGCAUAAUCAUGCUGCUGCACAAGCCAAAAACAAGCUACUUGAUGCAUGUUGUAUUUGGGAUAGUAUUUUCGUCAGUUGGCAGCUGAAUCUGGAAGACGUUUUACAUUUAAAUAGACCAAAUUAAGACACAUUUCAGUUCACUGUCAGGAAAGGUGUUGAGACACGAAUAGGCAAUUCAUCACAGUUCAUUGUUUACUUUAAACACUCAGCGAUAUUUUGGUUCCAUAGCAGUAUUAUAUUAUUGGCUUGUGUUGUCCUUUCCUUUUCCAGGAAAUGUAAUUUGGGACAGCGAAAUGAUCCAGUCAAGCAGUAAUUCAAGCUUGACGUAUCAAACUUUUAGACAGUGUUUCUUUUAGGGAUCACUUUAAACAGUUUCUUCCACCUCUCCUGUGUGUUUUAAGGAAAAUAUUUGGUUUAUUUUCAUUUGUAUGGCAGAUAUAUCUUGAUUCAACACUUUGAAAAUGUUUCUUUGAGUAGUUUUAUGUAUGACGUGGUUCCAUAAUGGUGGACUGUAAAAGAUCAGUAGCUUCUGUAGCAUCGGUUCUGUUCUUUAUUCCAGAGAAAAAUGGGAGUGAUUCCACAUUUUAUCUUUCAUGAAACUGGAAGACAUAGUGAGUAGUGCUCUUUUGUACAUUUGUAAAUGUUUUGCUAGCUUCUUUGUUCCAUCCAAUUUUGUGCAUAAAAAGUAAGGUGGGGGUCUGGUAGUUUCAAGGAGAGACUGCUCUGAGAUUGCAUCGUCGCUCUGCUUCUUGUGUUUGCGGAAAUCGCGGGUUAUCAUUUCCUACAGACUUGACUCAGUUACUCUGACUUCUACUUACCACACCAACUGUUGUGCCUGAAAUGUUUUCUAUGCUCUUUAGCCAAUGAGAAUCGUGCUGUUGAAGGUUGAGCCAAUAGAAAGCUGCUGCUGCUGUGUAGAAAUGGGUGCCAAUGGCUUCUUGCUUUCUGUAGGAGUAGCCAAUGAAGGAUCUGCCAAUAGACAGGUGGCUUUCAGAUGGAGGACAAAAAGAGCGGCUUUCUGUUACUUAGAUGAGCCAAUAUUCUCAUUCCACCGCCAAAGGGAAAAGGGCAGAGUAUUUGUUCAAAUAUGAGCUACGUACUGAAUUAUUCAGUCAACACCAACCGCAGAACUCAUUGCUGUGCAAACAUCAGUAGUCUGGGCACUCAGUCAGUAGCUCAUUUUCCAGGUCUCCCUCUGUUCUUUGUGUCCAGCUGCUUCCUCCGGCGGAUGUCUCACUUCCACAAAGUCUCAGCCGGGGAGAUCCAACUCAGCCGUAUCCCAUCUCCACCGCCCCCCCCCCCCCCCCCCCCCCCCCCCCCCUCCUCCUUUUCGCCACACUAGGACAUUGUUCCUGAUGGGCACUGGCUUUUGCUUCCAUUUGCGCUAAUGUGUUUUGUGUGAGAGUGUAUGAAUGUGUAAAUGCAGGUCAUUUGCUGUUAAAAUGCCAGAGCACUGAUGGGUUCCUCCAGUAGAACGACUGUAGUUAAUGAACUUCAGAUUGUCUGAAUUAUAGUGCUGAAGCAAUCGAUGUUCAGCCGCUACAUACAUACCAUCACUGUUUGCUCUUUUCUUGUAUGUAAAUAAUAUAUAUAUAUAUAUAUAUAUAUAUAUAUAUAUAUAAUGUAAAUCAAAAUGUUGCUUCUUGUUUUGUUAUCACGGUACGUGCUCUCAUGUGUUACAUAUAUUUUUGUAUGUAUGUUAUAUUUUUGUUUUGUUUGUUUUGACAUGAUCAUCUUCUGUCAUUAUUUUGCCUCUUGAUUCAUUUAUUCAUAAGUGCAGUUUUCAGACACACAGCAGGUACAGUUGGUUAUAUAUUCAAUGCAUUUAUAUUAUAUUCAGCGUUGCUUGUCGUUUCAGUAUUUUCAGUGUUUGCAUUAUCGAUGAAAGGAGGAACACAUGAAAAUAGACACAGAUGGUCCAGGAAUUCCAUCCCAUUUGUGACCGCAUAGUCACUACAGUUCUCGUAUGCAUUUUUAAAUAAUUGAAAGGUGUUUUGCCCCAGAAAAGACUGUUUAAUGUAUUUUAUUGUAUAUUUAUUUUACAGUUUUUAUUUUGAAGACAAAUGUGCAAAUCCUGUGUGUAGCUCUUGUUACUUCAGUAUGUAAAUAAAUAACUGAAACCAUGAA